AUGACACGAGGACCUACCAGCAGACCAGUCCGGAUCGCCGGCUGUGCCGGAGGAAACACCGAUCGCUGGGAUGCAAUCAAGUCCUUUGCCAGUGACCCCAGCAUCGAUGCUAUCAUCGGAGACUGGCUAUCCGAAUCCAAUAUGUUCCUGCAAUGCUUUGAGCCUGCCAUCGCAGACCUAAGCGCUCAUGGGAUGAAGCUCGUGGUCAAUGCGGGUGCUUCAGAUACAGAGCUCCUUGCAAUUGAGUGUCAGAAGUUGGUCCAGCGGAGUGGGCAUGGUCAUCUGCGCCUUGCGUGGAUUGAAGGUGACGAUGUGACGGAUGUUCUGCUAGAGCAAAGGAAGAAGGGCGACGAAAACUACCCCAUUCGACUUUCGGGUAAGUCGCUGUCUGAGGUUGACCCCAAUUUUGUAUUUGCGCAGUGUUAUCUUGGCGGAUGGGGUAUUGCGAAGGCUCUGGCUGAAGGUGCGGAUAUUGUCAUUUGUGGGCGAGUCUCGGAUGCUUCUCCGGUGGUUGGUGUUGCAGCGUGGUGGCAUGGGUGGUCUGAGAACAACUAUGAUGAACUUGCGCGAGCUUUGAUUGCUGGUCAUCUUAUCGAAUGCUCUGGGUAUGCCACUGGCGGUAACUUCACCGGAUUCAAGUCGCUCCUGAAAGCAGGAAAGCAUCUCAGCCUCGGAUUUCCCAUCGCAGAGAUCGAAGCCAACGGAGACUUCACAAUCGCCAAAGAGAAAAACACCGGAGGAUGCGUGACAGUCGAAUCCUUGACAUCGCAACUCAUAUAUGAAAUCCAAGGCCCAUGGUAUCUCAACUCCGACGUCGUUGCUGACCUGACAGGAGUGAAGCUGGAACAAAUUGCCCCAGAACAAGUCCGGGUAACAGGCAUUGUGGGCAUGCCACCUCCCCCGACGACCAAACUAGGGUUCACCACUUUCGGAGGAUAUCAGGCCGAGUUUCAUGCUUUCAUGACAGGUCUUGAUAUUGACGAGAAGUGCAAGUGGACUGAAGAACAGAUCCGAGAGGCAAUCGGUGAGGAUAUCCACCGGUUCACUCAACUGAGAUUCCAUCGUAUUGGGUCCCCGUCCCUCGACACUACCUGUCAGGAUCAUGCCACGGUGAUGUUCCGUGUCUUUGCGCAGACUAAAGACCCGGAGAUCUUGCGGACAGAUGCCCUAACCCCCAGCAACGACCCCCGACAAGUCCACGCAAAGCCAUACUACAACUAUAACACGGGACUCAUUCCCCGAUCUGUCCUAAAGCAUAGAGUACAUCUCCUCGCGGCCGAUUCUAAGAAAGUCAUCACAAUCGACCCACCCAGCGUGACCCAAACAUACGGCACCCAGCCCUCCCACGAAACAGAAAACCCCGUUGACAUCUCCGCCUUCGGAGAGACAGUCAAAGCCCCCCUGGGCUCGGUCGUCUAUGGUAGAGCUGGCGACAAAGGAGCCAACUGCAAUGUGGGCUUUUACGUGAAACACCAAGAUGAAUGGGAUUGGCUUAGGACAUUCCUUACGACGGACAAGAUCAAGGAGCUGCUUGGACCGAUUGAGUAUUCAGGGAACCAAAUCGACCGAUUCGAGAUCCCUGGCGUAAGAGUGGUGCAUUUCCUGCUUCAUGAUCAUCUUGAUCGGGGGUAUAACUCGUCUUCGAGUAGUGAUGUUCUGGGGAAGAAUACGUGCGAGUUUCUGCGGUCGAAGAUGGUUGAUGUUCCCAAGGUAUUUUUGCAGCGUUCUUAG